AUCUUCUCCUCAACAUUUCGUCGCCAAUGUGCUGUAAUCUUUCUUCCUCCUGGUGGUACCCAUCUGAAGGCAGCGUGUGGACUCCUGGUCUUGUCCAUCCGCAGGACGUGGCCCAACAACCUCCAUCAUCUCUGUUUCAACACUUCCUCGAUGUUGUUGAUGACUAUGUCUGCUAAUUUCUUUGUUCGUGAUUCUCUGUUCCCAAUGAAUUUCGAGAAUUCGACGGACGCAUCAUCUCUCAAAGCUUCUAAGCUGACUCUCGACCUUCUUGUUGGUUUUUCAGAUUUAUGAGGUAUAUAGGAGAGCUGAACGCACGGGUCUGCAAUCCCCUUAUCUCCAGACGUUAUCUCCUGAAGCCUGUUAAAAGCUUGUGCUACAAAACCAGUUCUAUGGGAGAUCUCUUUUUCGAUGUUACUGUUCGCUGAGAUGUAACUCAUGAUAUUUGAUAUUUCCUGUACUUCUUUCAAUUCCUCACAACGUACCUGUGUUUUCUUUGUGCUCUUUGUUUUUGGCUUUCACCAACUUGGUCUUGUCAGUGUGGAUCUUGAGUUUCACAUGUUUUCCGCCUUUUUUUCCGUCUUUUGCUGGAUGUUUUUCUGAGUGUGGAAGCAAAGCGAUGUCACCCGAACAAUCGCAAUCUUCCAAGUCGAACUUUCAGUCCCCAUACGAUUCCUCUUGGUUUGUGUCCAGAGGCUUUCUCACCCAGUCGAUGACAAUGAGGAAGAGGACAAGCGAGACCAUACAUCUCGUGCUUACGUGGAACCACUCUUUGCUGCCUGGUUGUUGUCUUUCAGAAUGUUGAUUACCUUUGGUGGAAAUAACUGUGUAUUAAAUGUCUAUGAGUUUGCUGACUUUGCUGGGAUGUCAGAGCUCAACAUGAAGUUAAAACUGGCGUCACAGGCAGUUAAAGCUGUCUGAAGGGUCUACCUUAAGAGAAAUGGGAAGUCUACCCACAAAUAUUCUUUAUCUCACUUUCUGUUUACCAAAAAUACCCGAUUUCACUGAGGUCGAGGAUUUGCGAGUCAAAGUGUCUCUUCGUUUCCGUUGCACUGCUUCACUGUCGGCGUAAUUGCCACGUGACUAGUGUCUGCAAUUCCCAAGCCUGCUGUUUUCACUGCAACGGGACUGGCUAUGUUGCCUGUGAUUGUUCUUUGAGCGCCCGUUGUGUAAGCUGUGACAGUUCUCACGUCAAAUCUUCCGAAGACUGCACACAAAGUGGAAGGAAGAAGCAGCCACUCAAUGCGUACGCACGGAAUCUGACUUCUCUUACGCCGAUGCUCACUGUCGUAUAGUGGCUAGCUUCCCAGGAGAAACGUCUACACCAGGCUCUACUCGGCAGUCGUUGCAAAAUGACCGUCCUUAUCUAUAUUUAUCCAGACAGAUAUGACGUGGGUCUCCUCUGAAGGCUUCGUUCCACAUUCACACUAUGCCAUCUCCCUCCAGGCUGUGGUGGUACCCACAGCAACACACCCACACUCCUCAGAAACCUUAUACAUGUACUCCCACAAGCGCUUAGUACAAAGUCUCCACAUAGCAAUCAUACUACACCCCAGACAGACAAGAAAGACAAACAAAAACAUCCCCAUCAAAAGCCACUUCUCAGCAUCGCAAAUCUGGAACCAUAGAAAAUCUUGCUAACACGGCAUCGGCGGGCGAAGACUUUCCACAAUGAAAACACCGCCCAGGGCCCAGGGCCUACCUGUUCGUGACCAGGCCGACCCACCAGCUGUGGUUUACUUGGAGAGGAGAGUGUGUAAAUGAAUAAUGUUCAAUGUUAGUACCAUGGAUAUUCGCUGCAGAAGAGACAACAUGGCGGAUCGGUCGAGGCCCUGAUCGGCGGGCUCCAGCGUGGAGACAGCGAAAAGUGUGCUACUGGAAGCAAAGCAGAAAUCAAGCUGAGAGAGGGAACGUCCAUUGGCACAUGGAACGUACGCAGAUUACAUCAGUCCGGGAAAGUGCAGCAACUCAUCCACGAGGGGUGGACUGGCGGUGUCAGGUGGACAGGAUUUGGGGAAACAACGAUAGCCAAGUGGUUAGAGCCCUGGUUCAAUCCCCGAUUAGUGCAACAACCUUCGCCCAGUCGACCCAGCUGGCAGAAAUGGGUAUCUGACACAGAGAGUUGGGGAAUGUAAAGCAGCGAAGGAGAGGAGGAGAUGGGCACUGUAGAAAAUAUGUUUCUACUUUUGUGGCAUUUUGUGUAGUUAGUGGAUUUAGUGUGUUAGUCGGGUGGGGGUAAGGUUGUUACAGUCAUUAAAGCAGUGAACUGGUCAAGCUGGCGGCAUAUCGGCCCGACUGGCGCGCCAAAUGUCUGGCCGCCCUAUUGAAAACCAGUGGCCAGUCGAAGCUAACGACAACACCUGACGUAAGCGGCCGCGAGUCAACCAUGGCCAGGGGGAGACCACCGGGUAACAGCCCGACCCCUCUCUGUCCAGCUGAAGGUCGGGGACCGCCUGAGGCGAGCAACGCCCCUUACACCUGCGUCCAGACCCUUCCUACACCUCCAAGGCCAACGGGAGGAAGUUACGCCCACCGGAAGAAGGAACCAAGUCUGGCGAGGGGCAGAGAACGUCACUUCUCCGGGUAGCGAGCUGGUGAGCGGCCGCUGAGAGUCCGUCUUAGAGAUCAUAGAAGACGUUAAAGUCCACGUGGGGACUGAACUGUGAAGUGUGAAUUUUUGGUAUUGAUGAACUGUGAACUGAAACUAGUGACUUGUGAAUAGUGAGCAGUGGAAUUAUUGUCGUGAGAAACUAACAAGAAGAACACCAGAGAGAUAAGUUUAAGAUAUACUUGUAGCCAUUCUUUUAUGUAGAUAUUUUUUUAUGUGUGUACCGUUUCUUUGAUUAUAUCCUUUGUCAUAUUGAAGUUCGGUAUUUUGAGGAGUAUUUUGGAGUGAGCGUGUGGACGCAUGCUGGACGGGUGCAUGCGAGUGGAAAUUAAUCAUUGCGCGCAGGACCCCACACGUGGAAGUCCAUUACAGGCACCACCCUCAGGUAAAGGUUUCUAACACCUCCCCCUCCCUCCAACAACUGGGGGAUCGGUGAGUCUACUAAGGACAAGACGGAUCAGCACAAGACCUUAGUUAUUGGGGACAGCAAAGAUUACCUUCUCAAUAUUGUAUUCAACCGAUGGACUGAGUACUGCAAGACCUGUUCAACUUCCAGCUGAAGACCGACGCAGACAUCCUUCAAAACAGCCAUACUAGAAACAGUGAUCCUACCAGCCCUACGGGAAUAAGUUGAAAGAUCUGUACAUAGUUUAAAGGGAGUAAAGUCGCUAGGUGUUGAUAACUAAGCAGGGUGGGAAGACACUGUAAAGGCUGUCACUGUUCUGUGCCAAAGAGUCUGGGAACGCACAGAAUGGACGCAGUCACUAGUAUAAUACUCCCCGCAAAAAGGAAGCAACAAACAGAACCAUAAGCCUUAUUACCCACCCAAGCAGUCAUGCUGAAAUUGAUACAGAGCCGCAUCAGCAACACCGCAUAUGAACUGCUAGCGGAAGAACAGACUGGAUUCAGACCACAAACACAAACAACCAGCCGAUUUAGAGACCUCAGCGUAACUCUUACACCUUUGAGGCUAGAACUCAGAAUGCCUGACAGCGACAUCAGUACAAAUGCUUCGCGCUCUUUUUUUUUUUUUUUUUUUGAACAUUUUUGUCUACAUUUUCGCUGCAUUGGUUCUAUUAAGCAGAAAAUGGCAUCAAAAACGUUAAAUAAAAAUAGGGCACCGCUCUAUCCUUGGCACUGGUGUUAGACUUCCAUAUUGUUAAAUUAUUUUGUCUGUUUUUUUGCUUGUUGAGUACAAAGAGAAAUAGACUUUUCUCAAAAGCGGUUUACUUGCUGAGCGAAGACCGCUUUGAGUUCGUUCACAACUAAACUCAAUCGCUGGUUCUCUUGUCCUGCAAGUCACGCCAUGCCUAGGAUUGGUGAAGUACGUGUUAUCAGCGACCCACUUUUACUGUAAUCCAGCCUUGAGCACGAUUGCAAGGGUCACAUUUUGUUAUCGCAAAACAAGGACUUCCUUCUACUGUGAUGUUAUUACGCAGCAGUGCAUGCUACCGUACAAGUUAGUCGAAUCAAGCUAAUUUUCAAGAGACAAAAUAGGCCAAGGUAUUUUCAUGAGACGAGGGAACAGACCAAGAUAAUUAUAUUUCUUGGGACAUAAGGGAAAUAUUUCCCGUGUCAAACAUUCAAGCAAGUGCUGGUAUGUCCCGGUCACAACCUAACGCAAAUGCAGCUGACAGACAGCCGGCUGCAGGUGCAGAAGAACCAGACUCAACAGAAGAUGUAGAAGCAUUUCUAGAGCAGCGUGUGCGAGAAAUGUACCCCAACAUUCUUACUAGCUCCUAUUUCGUGCCCUCUGUGUUUAUGCAUAGAACUCAUUACAGCUCACUUCACUUUGCCGGACAGAAAGUAGCCAUUCCCGAGACGCCAAGAACAACUCAUCCAGCGAAUGCAGGUUUCAUUUUCCUGGCCAGUGAUGUUAGAGAUGAUGAGGCUCACCAGCAUAUUCUACACUGCUUGCAUCACCUGGCCAAGGAGCGAGGAGAAGUUAUGUUUGUGCUCUCUCAUCUUCAGUAUAAAGACUACCUCGGGGAGCCCUGUUACGCCUCAGCGGUAGCCCACCUGAAAAGACCUAUUGAUUUAAAACGCCGCGGUGAUUUUGAUAUGCUGAUCAUACACCGCUGCUUUGGACUUGUGGUUGGGGAAGUGAAGGCUGUAGGUGUGAAUGUCGAUACAGAUAUGGACAAAGCUAUCGUUAAAAGAAUCGGUAAGGCCAUUCUGCAGCUGGGAAAAGCAGAAGCCGUUCUAAAACACAUCGUGUCUGAUAAAUCACCAGCCCCAGCUAUAAGAAAAGUCAUGAUGAUGCCCAACGUUUCCAAGGAAACGCUUCAACGUGUGUUGUGCUCCUACUCGAAUGUCGUCACAACACUUCGUGAAAGUCUGUGCCUGCCCCCGCAAGCAGACCCUGCCGACUUUUGUUUGUGUGCUGACAAUCUUUCGGACGUUUCCACUCCCUGGGAUAUCUGUCAUGAUGCAAUGCGACGCCUGCAACAAUGGUGGGAGCGAAUCUUGGUGGAUAGGGACCCUGCUAUGAGUGAUGAACUGUACAUAAAUCUGGUAGCCAGAUUUUGUGGUCCAGCCACAAUGGUAAAAGUUUUCUGUCCCUCUCCAUCCCGUAUGGCACUUCCAACUCUACAGCACGGGGUGUCUGAGACUGGAGAGAGGUUUGCUCGGAUAGUGCUUCACCCAAAGCAGAUGGACGUGUUGCAAGAGGCCCCUGAGUGCUUGUACCUCAAUGGUCCUCCCGGCACAGGAAAGACGUUAAUGCUAGUUCUGCAAGCAUCCGGUUGGCUCCUGCAAGGACAUAAGGUGCAGGUAGUCAGUCUGAUGUUGGAAAGCUUAGCGGCAACAUAUAAUGCAGAGCAACAGCUGCGCAAAAAGAACCCUGGCGCCUACAGGCAAGUGCAGAUCCACUACUGCGAACUAAAGAAGCUCCCCACAGACCAGGAGCAAAACGCAGCAGUCGAUAACCUUUUGCAACGUUUGGUCGCCAUAGCGACAGAGGAAAAGCUUUGCGUGAUUAUGGACGAAGUUCAUUGGAAUGACAUCACCCGAGAAUUUUGUGAAAGGCUGCAUGCGCGUGUCCAUAGCCUGCGCUUGUGGGCGGCUGGCAUGCAUCACAACUACAACGUUCCUUCAUGGAUGUCGGAAAUGAAACUAAAUGUGUCUCUGAGAUGUCCCCCAGCAAUCACUAGAGAAGUGCAGGGGGCGCUCACGUAUCAUCGUAAUAUAAUCACUGCUUACAGCGAGAGCCCCACUCCUCUCCCUUGUGACGGCCCCCCUGUGAUAAAGCUAACUGUUCAUUCGUCACAAGACCAUGGCAGUGUGAAGCGAUUGCUGGACUGCACUGCGUGUGGAUGUGAACUGGCUUGCGUACUCAAAGCUCUCAAAGCCGGGAAUGUCACAGACAAAGCAUGCGACAGGGCUUCAUUGACCAUCUCUAAGGCCAAGCAGUCGAGCAAUAAGCAGACUGGCAUGACAUCGACUCCACCACCACUGCAGUGGAAGGACGUCUUUAUCUUGGUCACGGAGGAUCCAAUAGAAGAAAGAAGAGCAGUGGGGCAGUAUGUCAGACCCGCCUGUGGUCUGGUGCAGGGUCUGCGACAGGAGGGAGUACCCGUGCGGCUGGUGAAGUCAGGCGACAUAAAAGGUAUCAAGGACGUUGCCAAAAUGAAGGGCCCGCGAGACGAGGCUACUGUCAUUCGGUACGACCAGAUCAAGGGGCUGGAAAGGAAAGUGGUGGUGUGUGUCGCGGAAGUAAAAACCUACCGGAUGCUUCAGUUGCACGGUAUUUCACGCGCCACAGCGCAAGUAGUGUGGGUGCUGCCCAAGGACUCACUGAAAGAAGAAUGUGUCUACGACAAGGGACACACUAAUGAAGAUGCAACUGAGAUCACUGCACUCUAAAAAAAAGAGUAAUCAGAGAAAUGAAUUAUUUCUAACCCAUUUUGGAAACUCCUGCUGCGUAUGUUUCAAAAAGGAUAUUAUGGAAGUGUCAAAAACACAAAUGUGAAGAUUUAUCACUUAUGUGCUUGAUCAUGUGAAUGGAGUUACGGUGGAGUUGUGGGAUUUGAUAUAUGCCAUAUGUAGCAACAAACACCAUCAGGCUGGUUCUUAUGCCUUUACUAUGCCUGCAGCACACAUUAUCCGUCCUGAUAUAUCUUUCUUUGGUGUUUUGCGUAUGUCAUCCCUUCAUGGAUCAAGUAGUUCCUUGUCAUCCCUAAAAUGAAUCUGACGGGCGUCGAUCACAGAUAUUUCCGUUAUGCGUCCCCUCCAGUCUGUAUUGAGCAACGUGCCAACCCUUCAGUUGUCCAAGUGGGAUCUCAAAACAUGUCCCACCGACAUGAUUACAAAGUGUGUUUGUGGUAGUGUCCAUGUUGUGAUACAGAAUACAUUUUAGAUUAUAAAUGCAUGUAAGACAACGCAAUGAGUCAUUUGCUAUUUAUAUAUCAACCUUUACAAGAGCUCAUCAUCACCAUCAACAUCACUUAUAUUUACUGGUUACAAAUAUAUUUGAAACGCAUUUAGAUUGUUACAAAAUGAAGGUUCGUUAAUGUUGAGAAGUAACCAACAAAUUCUUACCUUAACAACAAACACUGAGAUGCAGGUAAAAAUGGUGCUGCUAAUACUCGCAUUUGGGCAAAGCAGAAUAGCUUACAAUUAUUCGCUCUACUUCUUGUUUUCGUUUUUUUUUUUUUUUUUUUUUUUUCUUGCUGGAAAAACUACAGCCGGUGGCAAAUACGUUCGAAUUCAAAUGUCACCAAUUCGAGGUAUGCUCAAACCAAUGACUGAGAUACUCCCCUUACCACUCAGCAAGGAGGAUAAGGUUUCUGCCUUCCAUUUGCCAUGCCAUAGAUGAUGAUAAAGUACCCUUCCCUUUCUCUAUGGCGAAUAGGAUCAAGGAUAUUUGCCCUUCUUUCUCUCGCGUCUUAAAGAGCAUGUCUGUUAGACGUCUUUUUUCUCUGUGAUUAGAUAAACUGAGCUGUUUUAUCCAGUUUGCUUUGACGCCCCAGAGUUUCUCUGCCAGUGUGGCUCCAGCUCUGUCCAUGCCUGUUGUGUAGUGGGAAGAACUUCAGGACAUGUUCAUGGUCUCGCAUGGGCAGUUUUGAGGGUGUAACAGUCCCCAUGCAGUCGGCAAUGUGCAGUACCCUGAAAAGAGUUUUCGGUCCUCUAAGGGAGGGUUAUGUUUGUUUUCCCACUGGCAUUUGAAGUGAUGGCUUACCAGAGAUUUGCGCAGGAAGUUGUAUCGUUCCAGCUGUUCUGCUAUUUCUCUUCUCGAUGUGUUCUGAGGCAAUGUCUGGAGUUAGUGUUUUCUUUCAGGCCCUUGUUUUCCAGUUUGUUAAUGAGAAUUAUUUGUCUGUUAUCCAGUUUUUGGUUUCUUUCUCAAGUCUGUACUGCAUUAUCCCCAUACUAGUGAGUGGAUGUUGAAGUCAUCGACACUUAAAUGUCACUCUGCAUAAAAUUGGAUGGUGUUAAGGUUGUAUUUUUAUCUGUAGAAGGCUGUAGUAGUGAGUAGUUCUUUUAAAAGAUCUUUAUGAUGAUGGAUUUAAAAUUGUAAUUUGUGGCUCGAGCUGUCAACACUUGUAGGACUGAGCUGUAAACUAAUGCACACAGCAAUGUCGGCGAUCUGUUGUUGUUGUUGUUGUUGUUGUUGUUGUGUUGUUGUUGUUGUUGUUG